AUGUCCGCCGCCGUGGCGUGCCUGGACUACUUCGCCGCUGAGUGCUUGGUGUCCAUGUCCGCGGGCGCCGUGGUUCACCGCCGCGCGCCGGACCCCGAGGGCGCGGGCGGAGCCGCCGGCUCGGAGGUGGGUGCGGCGCCGCCGGAGUCCGCUCUGCCGGGUCCGGGGCCACCGGGACCCGCGUCGGUCCCCCCGCUCCCCCAGGUCCCCGCCCCCAGCCCCGGCGCGGGCGGCGCCGCGCCCCACCUGCUGGCUGCAAGCGUCUUGGCUGACUUGCGCGGCGGCUCUGGGGAGGGCUUCGGGGAGAACUCGGGGGAAGCUCUGCGCGCCUCGUCCGGUUCCUCCGGCCCGACCCGGUGCUCCGGCCCGACCCUGGGCUCAGAGCCGACCCCGGCCUCCAGCGCGGCGGAGAUCUCCGGACCCGCGCACUCCUCCGGCGCGCUCGCGGUCCCCGGAGCGCCUGCCGUCCCCGGAGCGCCUGCCGUCCCCGGGGUGGUCCCCGGCGAGGCCCCUGGGGCCUGCCCCGCCCCCGCCACAGGUCCAGUGCCCCGUCGGAGGCCGGUGACACCUGCUGCCAAGCGCCAUCGCUGCCCCUUUCCGGGCUGCAACAAAGCCUAUUACAAGUCGUCGCAUCUGAAGUCCCACCAGCGCACCCACACGGGUGAGCGCCCUUUCUCCUGCGACUGGCUCGACUGCGACAAGAAGUUCACGCGCUCCGACGAGCUGGCCCGCCACUACAGGACGCACACGGGCGAGAAGCGCUUCUCCUGCCCCCUCUGCCCCAAGCAGUUCUCCCGGAGCGACCAUCUGACCAAGCACGCUCGCCGCCACCCAGCCUAUCAUCCCGACAUGAUCGAGUACCGCGGGCGCCGUCGCACUCCCCGCGUCGACUCGCAACCCACCGGCGUGGUGGACAGCUCCGGCUCCGUCCCGGGCCAGGCGCCCAGCCUCACCACCUGCCUGUCUGACAGUCAUUGCUGUUAA